AGGAAAACAAAGCAAGAGCAGUGGAAAUUCCGGCGCAGAACCUUACCCUGUGGCUUCUGCUGCCGCUUCAUCGUCGCAUCAACGGUGUCGGAGUAAAAAGCGAGACUUCGUCCGCGUGGCUAGGGAAAGGCGUAGGUGGGUAUCAGACAAGAAAACUGCCAGGGCAGAAGAUUCACCUUCAGUAAGGGAGGCUAAAUCUACGAUGAAAAGGCUCAAUAAUACAACAGUGAUGGAGCAGGACGAGAAAAGGGACAAGAUGAUGAAGAAGCAGAAGCGUGAAGAAAAGGAUCCUAGGAAGUCGAAGCAUGAUCAUGACAAAGUAGGAAAAGAAAAUCGUGGAAAAACGUCAGCUGCUCUGAUGCAGGAUGCGAAAAAUCAAGUUGCCAAUCCUCAGCAAGAAACGCUUCUACAGCACGGCGCCAAUCCAAAGGCGAUCUUGAGGCUGGAGCUACAGCAUGUGAUGACUCCGGACAAGAAAACUGGCAGCAAGAACUUUACCGCGACAGGGAAUACGAAAGCGGCGUGUCUUCCUCUCGAGGAAACGGUACCAGCAGGGCCGACUGGGUCCUCGACCACCGUGCCUGUUCCGGUUCAUCUUGGGAACACUGAGUCGCCAUCGAAUGGCGCAGUUGCGGCACCAAAGUCGAAGAGCCUAAGCCUUCGCAAGGGCGAGAAUCCGUUGCCCCGGAGAGAGGAGAAGCUGCAGGGUGACGCGGAAGUCACACCCCUUGUGAUUUCGCAGAGUUCUACGAGCAAUGUGCUGCCGUCGUUGCUGAAUGAUCAUGGGAUUCACUGGCACAACAACCUCCCCGCUCCGGGUAGCAGUAGUACCGACGGCUUUGCUUCGAAGAGCGCCGCAGUUGCAGACCAGGUUGAGAAAGUGCAGGACUUGAGCAUCAACCACAGCUGGUUCUUUACCCCGCACGUGCAGGAAACAUUGAAGCAUCAAAGUAAAGAGAUUGCUGCGCAUAGCGACAAGUUCGAGCGCUACGAUGAAAAGUUUGACGAGAUUGAGAAUCGG